CUUUUUUCUCGUGAAGAUAACCUGUCAACAACGAAGUGGUGAAUACUGGAGUAACUCCAAUGAGUAAGGCAGCAGAUGUCGAUGUUCAAAACGUGACGGAGAGUAUUAAUGUAGAUGAUUCAAAUGUCGAUUCUGAUUUAAAAGAAGAAGUGUUAGAAUCAACUGGAGAUGAAGUGCAAGAAAAAGCUGAAACCGAAAAGGACACUUCUGAUAGCGAAGGCAUACUUAUAUCGGACAGUGGUAUAGAAGCGAAUCAGACAACGCAACCUGAUGAUAGAAAAUGUGAAACUUCAGCUCAUUCUGAACGCCAGUCUUCGGUUGAAGACAAAUCCAAAUGGUCUUAUUCUCAAUGGUCAGAAAAUUACGAAAGUCUCGAAGAUGAAAAACCUAUUGAAGAUCUUGAUGGCGAUCCUAAAAAAAUGAUAUUAUGGGCUGCUGAAAAAAAUGAGUUAGAAACAUUGCGAAGAUUGCUUGAAGAAGAUUCAGAACUUGUGAAUACAAGAGAUAAUGAUGAAUACACACCUCUUCAUAGAGCCUCUUACAGCAACAAUGUUGAAGUUAUAAAGAUUCUAUUAUCUUAUGAUGCAGAUGUCAGUGCAACAACAAUAGAUGGUUGGCAACCACUGCACUGUGCUUGCAAAUGGGAUAGUGUUGAAGCAGUUUCUCUUCUGUUGCAAAAUGGAGCAGAUGUAAACGCUCAAACAAAAGGCCACAUUACUCCAUUGCAUCUUGCUGCAUCCAAUGUUUCAGGUAGACGGACACUCGAACUUUUACUUUGGCAACCUUAUGUUGAUCCAAAUAUCAAGAAUGAUUCAGGUGAUACUGCUUAUGACAUUGCAUGCCGAAAUGGCCCCCUUGGUGCCUUAUUUGAAAUAUUAGAGGAGUCAGUUAAUGUUUAUUAGCAUGUAUAAUAACUGUUACAAAUUAGUUUUGUGCCAUCAUUUAACCCAAAGAUAUAUUAAGUUAAUUUUACUUUUUGAUCUAGUUUUGUUAAAGGACAUCAAUGUGCAUAAUACCAUUUGGUUUUUCUCUUUCUAUUCUUAAAUUAGACAGAAAUUAGUAUGAAAGCAAAAUUUUGCUUUUAUUUGACAGAUGGAAUUCUCAAAAGACUGCUUAAAGUGUGAACAUAUAUAAGGGGGGGAGCAGAAAAUUGGCUCCAGUAUAGGAAUCUCUAAAUAAACAUUUGAGCUAUUUUUUCCCAUUUUAACAUUUUUAAUUUAAUAAACUUACACUAAUAAUUAUGCAUACUUAAAUAAAGUAACUCCAUCAUAAAGAAAAAAGUAGCAUGUCUCUAAUUAAUGAACACAGAUGUGCAAAAAAGUAACUAAUAUAUGGGGGCUUAUUGUUUAGAUACUUUUAUUGCCAUUUUCCUGGUAAAAGAUGUAUUUUAGUUGCCUACUAGAAUUAAAGUACUUUAGCAGCCCUGUUAAUACUUAAAAUACUCUUUAUGGCAUAGUGAUUAUGACAGUGUAGUUUAUAUUAGAAGGAUUUUAAUACCCAAAAUGUAUAUUCAUAAUUUUAAAAAUAACCAAUUGGAUGUCCAUGGGCAGGGAUAGAAGAGCUUGGAAUUCGAUUCUGAGAAGGCAUCCUGGGCUGUCUGGCCAUUGAAGAAGAAGAUGUAUAUUCAUAUUUGAGGUUUUCAAUACACAAAAUUUGUAGUUCAGAGUUGAAACUAACUAAAAAAAUAAGUAUGAUUAGAAAUGCAGUAUGCUGUUAUAAAUAUAAGUUAUAGAAUUUUCCCCCCUGAAUAUCGUUUUAGAAUAUAAUGGUGAUGAACAUUUAUAGAUUUAUAGAAAAAUGCUAUUUAAAUUGAGUUAGAUCAAAAUAAAUUAUGUGAAAAGAAAAAAAAAGUUCCUUAAGUAGUGUUACAUCAAAACUAAAUAAUAAAAUUAUGCAUAAAAAAUAAAUGUAACAAGGU